AUGGCUGACAAUAAGAAUCCUGCUAUUACAACACGUCCGCGACUUCUAUCAGACAUUCUUGAGAAUCCGUUGUCUGAAUCCACUAUACCAGAAGACUACACCAUGCACCGAUCUCCUGUUUCUCCCGCUCCGCCGGUUUCGAGCCGUCUCUAUGGAGGCCAAGGUGGCUUGCCACAACCCUACCUUAGUCCAUAUCAGCAGUCCAGAGCGAGUCAAAACCACGCCGUUGCUUCUGCACCUGACCCGGGAAUCAUCGGUCAGCCUCUCCAGCGAACUUCCUCUAGCACCCUCUUGAGCCAGGGCACUCGCCUUCAGCCUCUUACGCCUGUUAACCCACCAAUUUCCCAUCGCUACCAUGAGAAUCGUCGAUCUAUGCCUAGUCCGCUUCCAGCCUUUACUACCUCACCUGGAGUUUCGGAUGCAGGCUCUCCAUCACAUUCACGAUUUCCGUCGCUUGAACGAUCAUUCAGUCAGGCUUCAUUGAAUGCUCCCCGAUACCCUUCUCACCCACGUACACCAACACCAUCUUCUAACAGAGCGAAAGCUAAAAUCAGCGAUGUACCUCGAUCAUCAUCCCUGCCUAGCAGCCCAAAACAUCGCCGUCCCACUCCUCAUCCACACGGCAAACCCUCGGUGAAGCAUCUCACUUGUUUCUGGUGGAAGGUAAAGGGUGAUUGUCGCUUUUCAGAAGAUGAUUGUCUUUAUGCUCAUCGUGAGACUGGCCUGCUUGCGGAUGCACCUCGCCAAGUCACACCAGGAGAACCAGCUAAAGCAGGUCGCCACCUCGAAAAAGCCCUCUCCAAUCUUCGUACCAAGCGCAACCCUUCUUCGUCCUCUCUUAACACUUCUAUGGUUGCCAACCCAUCUACCCCGGAGAGCCAAGGCACAUCUAGCCUGACCACUACGCCCGUGGAUGCAGAGACCUUCCAGGAGCGGGUUUCUUCUCUUCAGUCGGACAACACCUUUCUUCGCAAUCUUGUCGAGCAAAGCAGCAAGGAGAAGUCUGUUCUCAUGACUACCAUCGAGGGUUUGCAGAAGGAGAAUGCAAAUUUGAACAAAGACGUCGAAUAUCUCAAAGAUGUUGUGGACCAGUUGCAGCAGCAAAAACGCCAGUUCUCCGGAAGCAUGCUCUUCAGCGACGUCGCUCCAGAAAGGAUGGAUAACCAGCAGCGUCAAGCUAGUGGCUGA